CAGUGUACAGUAUACCAUGUACAUAUAGGUCGAUGGUAGUACCAGCUGGAAGUAGAUAUACAACACAACAACGCGACCGUGUACAUUGUGCGAAAGGAUGUCAUUCUGGACAUGGAUCCUACUAGAACUAGACAGUAGGAUCCAUGUUCUUUACGAUGCUGUAGUGUGUAGGCCCUACUAUUUAUCUGUCAAGUGCAUCACCUAAUUAAUAAUUCCAUGUCUGUUACGAUCUGGAUUUGAGAAUUAUUUUGAUUUUGAUGAACCAAGGAGGUGCCUGGAUAGACCUGAGAGUUUUCAGGAUAUUAAAGGGAGGAGGCCACCAUGGUUAAGUUGGAGGGUUGUAGAGGCUGGUUGAUCACGCUGGUUACUUUCUUUCAUUUCUUCGCUAACUAUGGAUUCUUAUAUUCGUAUGGACAAUUCUUAGUCAUCUUCCAAGACGAGUUUGGCAAAGGAGCAACUGCCACAGGAUGGCUCGGGACGAUUCCAUUUGGUCUGACCUACCUCGCCACCCCCAUCUCAAACUCUCUCAUAGCACGAUACCAACAUCGACGGAUUGCUGCUAUAGGUGUCAUCUCUUGCUUUAUAUCUCUCAUUGUGACGUCAUUCAUGAAUAGUCUCCUUCCGAUGUUCUUCACAUUUAGUCUGGUAUACGGGUUUGGUAUCAACUUUGUGACGGCUUCUGGGCUAAACAUCAUAUUACAGUACUUCCCAGACAAAAACUCAGCGAGGGCUGUGACGAUGGCACUUAUAGGAUGCAGUACAGGUCUUUUAGCCUUGAACCCUCUCAUAUACUUCCUCAUCAAUGCCGUUGGCUGGAGGAAUACUAUACGGAUCGCAUCAUCUGUCAUUCUAAUUACCGGUGUGGGGGCUGUCUCUACGUACACCCCUCCUCAGAAGGACACGGACCAACCUAAGUCAUACAUGAAAAUAGAAGCGAACAAAGAAAAAGAAAACCUCUUUGGUGUUAAAGUAGAUGCAAGUGACAUUGCACUUCAAAAGAAGGUUUUGGAUGAAGGGAACAAAGUACCGAGAGCCCUGAGAGUAUUAGGGUAUCCAGAAUUGUGGAUUUUGGCUUCUGCUCUAGUGGUCUCUUGUGCAGGUGUUUGUUUCUUUUACAUGAGCUUGGUUAAUUUUAUGAUAUCAAGAAAGUUUGAAGAUGAAACGAGCGCACUGGUUAUGACAGUACUAGGAGUGUCUCAGGUGGUUGGUAAAGUGGUGGUAGCCAUUGUUGGGGACCACCUACCACUGCCAAAGGUAUUCCUUCUAGUCAUAGCUAAUAUCAUCGGAGCAGUACAGAUGGGAAGUCUCCUAGUUGCAGACACACUCGCACCUGUCGUCUGUAUUAUCAUUAUUUCAGGAGUGUUCGUUAUAUCUGUCCUUGACACCAUACCUCAUGCUGUAAGUCAUCAAUUGUUCCAUCCUAAUCAGUGUCUUAUAUCAUGGACAGUACUCACUUCGGCCAUGGGGUCUGGCUAUGUCGUGGGGGCGCUCCUAGGUGAAAGUAUGGAUCAAACUGGGUCAUAUGACUGUGCUCUCUAUGUAUGCAUGGGAUUUUUCUUGACGUCAGCGUUGUUCUGCAGCUUUGUUCCUUUAUACCAGACAUGUUGUGCAUCAAAGCGAAUUGUUAUAAAGAAUAAGGCGAUGGUGGAUCAACCAACAGAAUUAUGAUUGAAUAUAAUUGUCACUGAAUCACAGAGAGAGAGAGAGAGGGAGAGAGAGAGCAAGAGAUGAAGGGGGGCGGGGGAGAGUUUGAAAUGCGUGAUGUUGAUUGUUCGGAAGUGAUUCGGUGUCAGUGAAGGGGAAACUUCAAGUUGUAGCGAAAUUCUUUUUCCAAUCCUAUUUUAUAUGGACAGGAAAAUUCAUUUUACAGGAAAACUCCAACACAUAUAUAUGAGCCCUUGAUUUAUAGUUAAAACUGAAAAAUACCUGAAAUGCAUGAAUUUUACUCAUUAUGGCCAACCCUUUUCGAAGACAGUUUAUGCAAAAACUUACAUUAGAAUUGGCAGUGUCAUUGAACAUGAAAUCGUAUCGGGUGGAAAGGUUCCUGCUAACUUUAAUGUCAAUAACGAUUUUUGAUUACUGAUAACAACCUGGACAACAUGAAUAUUAUGUAGAUCCAUUGUAACAACAGCGGCAAUUGUUUAUUAUUCAUUUGAGAUGGGUAUCAAGACAUUCCUAUCAAAUGUCGACAAUUUACGUGGCAUAUUUUGAUUGAAACUGCAACAAUUUUGUAAUGGUUUUAAAAUAGAUAAUCUUCAAUACUAGGGUAACUCUAUAUUUGAAUAAGUUAAUGUUAUGUUCGUAACCUUACACUGUACCCCAUACCGUCAAGUGCUCAGGUGAAUAUUUUGAUAUAUGUUAUAUCACUGUUUGGAAACAUUCUAUUGUAUACAUAAAAUGUUUAAACGGGUAACACGAAUUGUUAUCGUCACCCAGGGUUAGAUCGUUUCUAUACACUUGAAAACUGUUUGGAAACCUGAAAUAUCUUGUGUUGAAGAAAAACCGAUAUUAUGCCUACUAUAGUAUCUUUAAAAUGUAUCCAUUUGUAAAGUAUCCGUAUUUGAGUGCAAAGCAACUGGCAUUAAAAGCCUUCAGAGUUGACACAAUUUCAUUUCUGCCAAGUCAAAUUAAGCUUGAAAUGGCAUUUGUGUAAUUUCCAUUCAGAGUUAAAGUGACGCGAACAUCCUUAGUCUGACACUGAACGAUGUGACAUUAUCCCAGAUUAGACACAAUUAGAGUUAACUUAAUUCAACUCUGAAAUCAGAGUCAUUUUAACUCGAUGAGAGUUGCCUCUCGCCUGAAUCAAUUCCGAGUCUUAUCUGAUUGUUUGACCCAAGUAGGAGUCCUACGUGCCAUAUAUUUCGGAUAUGAAACUGCUCAGAAAUAAUGGUAUUAUUAUUUUCAAUUUCUUGUGUUCAUGAACGUUACUAUAGAUUAUGCUCAUGUUUUGUGUAUUUGUGUUUUAUUUGAGUUUUUAAACUUAUUUGAUAAGUUUAUUUUUCGUUUAGCCAUGCAUGUGUGCGAUUCUCGUCUUCAAAUAUAGUGUUAUUAUGAACUGAUAUAUGUUUUGAUUUAUCCGGGAAGAAAGACAAAUAACGAUUAGAAAUAAAUCUGAUCAUCUGAACUUACUGUUUUAAAAAAAAGAACAUUUUCACGCCUGAUCCGGGACGCUUCUUCAGCUCGUCUGAACUGGCAGGAAAUCUUCCGGUUAUAAAUGCCUCGAAAAUUAUGAUAGUUUUGUGUUAUGUGUGAAUAUGAUAUUCUCCAAAAUAGGCAUACAAAUUUUUUUAUAAAGGUAUCACAUAUCUUGAGAUAUUUAAAGUUUUAAAAUGAUAGAAUUAUAUUCAAAACGACGUGACUAUUGAUGCCUGCACAAAAUACAAUAAUAGUCCAAAUACUAACCAAUGAAGUUAUCGAAAAUGUAUUUAUGUAGUUAAUACAAAAAUACAUUAUGAUGUAGGCCUGAAUUACCUACUUUGGUAGAAACAUCAGUCUUCGACAUUUUGUCUUUGGAAACAUGUGUCUUAAAUGAGAUUAUUGUCUUUCAAAUUGUAAUGAUAAAUAUAUAGGAUUUGUAUAAUGGCUCCCGUAUUACCCCGGCUAAGCUAGUCUGCCUAUUCCGAUGCUCACAGCUUUUUGAGGAAUUACUUCCUGCCAGUAUCCAUUUUCUCACCUGGGUUGAGUGCAGCACAAUGUGGGCAAUUUUCGUGCUGAAGGAAAAUUGCGCACGACUUCUUUAGAAGAAUGAUAUACAGAUGUAUGUCCAUGUACAUGUUUAGCUAUCGUGGUAAUAUGCCAUUAUUAUUCUUUUGAGUAGCAUAAACAUGGAACUUCUUCAAAGUAUUCUUUCUUCCUUUUUUAUACAAUAAUAAUUAUUCUUUUUUCUAUUAUUUGUGUGUGUAUUUGAAUGUGAAUCAAACUACUUAAUGAUUGAAAAGUGUUAAGGACACAAAUUGUCUAUUUGUGGACUCUUUUUUUUAAAUCGCAUUACAGUGUGAACCAUCAACUUGCAGGCUAUGACUUCUUUCCAUCAUAGUAUGGUGGAAGUAUAAAACGUCAAUGAAUGCAUAUUGCAAGAGCUUUAUUCUAUGUUGAGUGCAAUUCAUAAUAUCUCAAAUAUUUGUCGCAUGUUAUUUUAAAGUUUAUUUUUCAUGGAGUCUAAUUAUAAUCAUAUUCUGUAGAAUUUAGAUUUUUAUAUGAAUUUGAAAAUAUAUUAUAUCUUGUAGAAUGUCAGUUUGAUUAUAACGCUUAAAAGACGUACAAUAAUUUGCUUAUUUUUCAUGUCAUUGUAUUUUGCAGGGUAUCAAAAUGAUAAGCCAUGUGCCACUCUUAAUAUGUGAUUCAAUGUGGUAUAUCGUGAAUAUUAUAUAGACUUUUAUCUAACUUUGAUAAUUUUGGAUUUGUACGCACAAUAAACUGUUGGUGUAUUAAGUGCCGAAUGAAUAAAGCACCUGAAACUU